GCCUUGUGCUUUUUCAAACUCAAGGUCGACAGGUACUUUUUCCUCUUCACAAGAUAUAUAUCCACCCUUCAAGUGUACUUUGAUUUUAAUUUUUCAGAACCUUCUUCCGUAUAUUGAAAUCUUCCACUGCAUGAACUUUGAGUAUACAAAUGGAGACCUUAUAUUACGGUCAACUAAUACCUCUUCAAAGUUCGAUAAAACUUUGAAUUCCGUAUGGACUCUCGCUUAUGAAUCCAAUUACUUUCAUUACAAAAUUGAUACAUCAUUGAGUUCAGCAAAGAAAAUUUGUUCUGGAAAUGUAAAUAUUUUGAUUUUACCUAACAAUAAUCGAUUCAGCCAUCGGCGUAAACCACAACUAUUUAAAACCAUUAAUGAUCAACUUUCGUCCGAAUCCUUCAAUUUUAAUAAAGUCCCAAAACAUGAAUUCUUGUUAAAUGUUUCUGAAAAGCAUAGCACAAAAUCAUGUUCUAUACUGAUAAAUGUCAGUCCAUUUUCAUAUUUACAUUCUCUUUUGGUUCCGGAAGUAGAAAAAUGCCACAAUCAGUUUCUUGGAAAAGACUCCUUUUACUCAGUAAUCAAGUGUUUUCUUCUGAGUAGCAACAGAUAUUUGUGUAUGGGCUUCAAUAGUCUGUUGGCUCAUGCUUCUGUAAACCACUUACAUCUCCACUUAUGGCAAUCACCAGAAUACUUACGAGCUAUGUCCACAGAUAUUAAAUUGAAAUAUGAAAAUUCACUUUACUAUGAACUGGUUAAUCAUCCUGUAGAUAAUUUUGUUCUUGAAUUAACCGAUUUAACAGAAUUGGAUCGGUUUGUAAACUAUUUAUGGAUCGUAAUCUCAUCUUGUCAACAUCUACAAAUUGCUCACAAUGUAUUUGUAGCACGUUCUAAAUCUACUGGCUGUGUACGUGUUGUUGUCUGGCCACGUUGCUCAGUUUUUGAAGUAAAGAACCUAUCUACAUUUGAUUCAGAACCCAGUUUUUAUGUCGCUGUUGCCGAACUCGCCGGAAUGAUGGUUGUUGCUAGUGAAGAUGUUGCCUGUACGUUGAACUUUGAUAAAGUAGAAUCCAUCUUGCAUAGCGAACGUCUACCCAGAAGCACCAUCCACGCCCUCGAAUGCAAAGUAUUUGAAACUUUAAGUAUCCAACAAGCUUAACUAAGAUCAGAUUAACUUAUUUUGAAAAGUAUCCACAAACAUGCACCUCCCACUUUUACUAUUCUGAAUCCAUUUACUGUCCAAAUUUUGUUAUACAAUGUAACCUUAAAGCUCGCUAACUAAACGGGGAAUUUGUUACCAUGAGAUUAUGUUUAUUUUACCUGCCUUUACUUUCAUUACAUCCCCACUUUUGGAUAAUCAAUAUCUUCUCUCCACAAAUUGUACUCAUUAGUUGAUUUUUUUAUGACAGCUCCAUGCCAUGCUAAUCACCAUUUUUAACUAAAUACAUUAUUAGCAUGAACAUACUUUA